CUCCUGGAGGUCUUCGAUGGCCUCACCUUGGUCUCCAGCCCCCCAACCCCAGCUCUGGCCUCCUGCCAGGCCCAGAGGUGGUACGUGGGGCCCGGCGUGCAGCGGGCACCCCUCCGGGAGGGCAGGAUCCGUGGGGCUCUCUUCCUGCCACCCGGUCCAGGACCCUUCCCCGGGGUGAUCGACCUGUUUGGGGGGGCUGGUGGCCUCAUCGAGUUCCGGGCAGGGCUGCUGGCUAGCAGGGGGUUCGCCGUGCUGGCCCUGGCCUUCUUUGCCCACGAGGAUUUGCCCCCUGUCCUGCACCAGCUCGACCUGGAGUAUUUUGAGGAGGCGGCCGAGCUGCUCCUCCGGCACCCCAAGGUCCGAGGCCCCGGCCUGGGCGUCGUCGGGGUCUCCAAAGGAGCCGAGGUGGCCCUGGCCAUGGCCACCUUCCUCCCCCAGGUGGUGGCCACGGUGUGGAUCAACGGCAUGUCCUCCGUCUACGGCAUCCCUCUGGUCUACAAGGACCUCCUCAUCCCCCCCAUCCCCUACUGCGCCGAGCGCUUGCUCCUCACCGAGCUGGGGGCCAUGGAGAACUCGGGGGUCUUCCCCGACCCCCGGGACCCUUCCUACAGCUCCUCGGCCAUCCCCACGGAGAAGAUCCAGGGCAAGGUCCUCUUCGUGGUGGGGGAGGCCGAGCGUCGGGGGGAGCCCCCGGCCCGUCGCCUGGGGGGGGGGAGCCCCCGGCCCGUCGCCUGGGGGGGUGAAGCCCAAGCCCACGCCAAGGCUCAGGAGCACUCGUGGCAGGAGAUCGUUGGCUUCUUGGAGCUCCAUUUGGGUUCUGCCACCGGCGUGAAGCUGUGA